AUGUCACCUACCAAAAAGUCUCUUUUCUUGGGAUCUUUCGUGCAUUGCAAGAGUCUCGAUGAGUUAGAGACCCGGCACGAUGCGGCGGUCUUCGUGGAUGAACAUGGAGUCAUUGUCGCCAUUGAACAGGAUAUGGACUUACAGCGAGCGAAAGAUACUUUAAUACCACAAAUGGGCUGGGUAGAAGGAGAGUAUGCUGUACAUAUGGCGAAGAAAGGGGAAUUUUUCUUUCCUGGAUUUAUUGACACGCAUAUCCAUGCUCCUCAAUUUCCUAAUGCUGGAAUUUUCGGCAAGAGCACGUUGCUGGAUUGGCUGCUAAAAUACACCUUUCCUAUGGAGUCAUCACUUGCCAACUUAUCAAAGGCCCAGAUGGUCUACAACCGCUGCGUUAAGCGUACACUCUCUCAUGGCACCACCACAGCAAGCUACUAUGCUACCAUUCAUGUCCCGGCGACAAAUCUGCUUGCUGACCUCUGUUUAUCAAUCGGUCAACGGGCAUUUAUUGGGCGGUGCUGUAUGGAUUCUGACAUGUCUCCUGACACUUACCGAGACGAGUCACCACAACAAGCGAUCGAGGCUACCAAAGCUACCAUCUCGCACAUCUCUUCGAUAGAUCCUUCAUAUUCAUUAGUAUCUCCAAUAUUGACUCCCAGAUUCGCGCCAUCUUGUUCCUCGGAGCUUAUGACAUCUCUUGGCGCGCUGCACAAGGAGACUGAUCUACCAAUUCAAACGCACAUCUCCGAAAACGUGGGUGAGCUGGCGCUAGUCAAGCAGCUAUUUCCUGACAUCAAAGACUAUACAUCUGUUUACGACUCCUUUAGUCUACUCACUAGGAAAACCAUUCUAGCUCACGCCAUACAUCUUUCAGAUGAUGAAAUUGCACUUAUCAAAGAACGGAAAGCGAAGAUCUCCCAUUGUCCUUGCUCAAAUUCAAGUAUAACUUCUGGUACCUGCAAAGUGCGUCAACUGCUGGAUAAUGGUAUCGAUAUUGGACUAGGCACGGACAUGUCAGGCGGUUACUCGCCGUCGAUUCUAGAAGCUCUUCGACAAGCCGUUCUGGUCUCGCGUCAUGUGGCUAUGGGUGGGGAUGACAACACAAAAUUAUCUAUCGAAGAGGUUCUUUACCUUGCAACGAGAGGCGGAGCUAAGGUCGUUAACCUUGAAGACAAGAUUGGUGGCUUCGACGUCGGCAAGGAAUGGGAUGCUCAGCUUAUCGGCUUUGGCGCAGACAUAUCAGAUGAGGAAGGUGCGACUGACGAGAUCAACCAAAUGGACGAGAGUCCGGUCGACAUGUUUGGCUGGGAGACUUGGGAUGACAGAAUCGCCAAAUGGGUUUACAAUGGAGAUGAUCGAAAUACUCUAGCCGUUUGGGUCAAGGGGCGCCUGGUGCAUGAGAUCAGGAAAUGA